AUGGUCAAUGAUAUCAAGGCGGUGAAUCUCUCCAAUGAUUUAUCUAAAUUGCUGCAUGAUGAUAUUGCAAUAAUAGCACCAGUUUAUGAUUACGAAGAUUCAGCUGGGGAUGAAGUAGAAAACAUGAAACUAUUGUCAAACGAGAAUAGAAUGUCUUUAAACAUGGAGAAAACCUAUGAAAUGAUAGGAAAAGUGUCUAAUCCCCUUCCGGAUCACAUUCCAUCCAUAAAACGGAACGAAUGGCUCAAAUUAUUGGGUGUCACGAUGGAAGAAAUACCUGGGAAACUGGAUAAACAUGUUGAAGAGAUGAUGAAAAAAACUAGUAGAAGAAUGUAUAUUCUAAGAGUUUGUAAACAUUACGGACUCUCUACGCAUCAAUUGAAUCUUCUCUUCAAUAGUCUCUCUUUUCACCUUUGCAGCUGAAGUUUGGGGUGGAGCAUCGUACAACAAAUACGUAAGUCAGAUUGAGAAGUUUGUCAAUCGUGCCUAUAGAAAUGGUUAUACAAGCAUGCAACAGAUCAGAUUUUAA